AUGGCCUCUAAGAUUUCUGUGACCAAUGCUGAUGAAAUCAACAAUAACAUCACUAUUGUUCAAUUCAAUACAGUUACCCAACUGUCCAUAAAAUUAACGUGUAGUCACAAUUUCUCCUUGUGGAAAACUCAAGUUUCAAUGCUUAUGCAUGGUCACAAUCUUUAUGGUCAUCUCGAUGGUUCCAUCACUACCCCCACUCGCACCAUCUCUCAGAACAAUCAAGAUGUUGAUAACCUUGAGUUCAUUCCUUGCUUGCGAGAUAGAUUGGCCCGCGUCACUAAAGAUUCUCGUCCAGUCACAGAUUAUCUUCAUCAAGUUCGAUCACUUUGUGAUGAACUUGCAACUGCUCGUGCACUGCGUAAAAGACAAGCUCAACUCCUCGUUGCCAGGGAAACAAUAAUUACUCCAGCAAGCCGUCCAGGUGUGAACCUUCCUGCCAACAAUAAGCAAUGGCAAGCACAACGUCCACGAAGAAAGAACCAGCAAUAG